UGCAAGUUGACGGACUUAACACGAAAAGGAUUUCGUUUUUUAUAUCGGAAUUUUCUCAGCUCCUUUUAAACUCUUGUUUUAUUGACAAAAUAGUAAUUGUGUUUCAAAGUGUGGUCUAAGUUAGUUUUGUUAUUAUAUUUUUUCGCAAGUGCUGUGAUAUUAUCGUACUAUCAUGAGUAUAAGCCUUGGAUUAAAAAGCCCUUACUGGGACUUAAACAAGAGUAGAUAUCCAGAAAUAGACGAACUUCCCCUCAUGGAAUCUUUAGGACCUAUUGUGAUAAUUUUAGCUGUAUAUCUACUGUUUGUACUGAAAAUUGGCCCGGCGUUCAUGAGAAAGAGAGAAGCAUACAAAUUGACGAAUAUUUUACUAGCAUACAAUGCAGUGCAGGUUGCGAUAUCAUUGUAUUUAGUAAUAAGGUAUUUUAACAAUCUGACGCAAAUGGGAUUGGUGCCGAAGAAAUGUUACAUAAAGGAAAAUUAUGCACGGAAUCAGAUUCUCUUCGGAACAUACCUCUACCUAGCUGCCAAGUUCACGGAGCUGCUGGACACUAUAUUCUUUGUGUUGAGAAAAAAGGAUAGUCAAGUCACAUUCCUCCACUUAUACCACCACACGGUGAUGGUGAUUGGGACCUGGGUGCUGUUGAAAUACUGGCCGUCGCACACUCUCAUUUUCAUAGGGUUCCUAAACUCAUUAGUUCAUGUCUUCAUGUACACUUACUAUGGCCUGGCAGCACUGGGACCAAACGUGGCGAAGUACUUGGGUUGGAAGAAAUACAUGACCAAGUUUCAGCUGAUUCAGUUCGUCUCAAUCAUCAUACAGUAUAUAGCUUCUGUGAGGACAUCAGAGUGCCCGCCUGCGAAGGGUGUUGCGAUAUUCGUCUCCUGCAAUACUGCCUUCAUCCUUCUACUGUUUCUCAACUUCUACCGUCAGAGCUAUAAUAAGAAAUUACAGAAGCAGACCAUCAACACCAAACCCCUCAAAAGUCUUCCAAUAAAUUACACAGAAGAUUGCAUAAAGAACGACUAAUCCAUAGUAUUGUAAGGUUUAUAAAGUAAAAUUGUGAUUUUGUGAUCAGAAAUUACUGUCUCAUAAAUUUGUAAUUGGGUUUCUAUCGAUGACGCGACAUUUUGUAUAUAAAAAUAUUCUUUUAAUAACAAAAAUAAUCAUAAUUCUAUAGUUGAUACGUUUGAUCCUCGUAAGAAUGGAAUGCAUUCGUCAGUAAGGAUACUCCCUUGAGAUAUAAAGUUAGAUCAGGUUGGCGAAAGCGAUUAACCCUCAAGUGGCAAUAGACUAAUUUUAGAAGUGGAAAGAAUUGCUGCGGCAAAUGUUCGCAGGCUCAAAACCCAAGAGCACACACCUAUAACUUUUCUAAAGUUAUAUGUGUAUUCUGUGUGAAUUAUCACUUGCUUUAACGGUGAAGGAUAACAUUGUGAGGAAAACUGCAUACCUGAGAUCUCUAUAUGAAUUAUGAGGGUAUGCGAAUUCUGCAAAUCCGCACUAGGCCAGAGUGGUGGACUAAUCGCUCUCAGUAGUAGAGGAGGCCCAGCAAUAGGACAGUAUAUGGGUAGUAAAUUUUAUCAAGAUGUGAUUUAAAACGUAGAUUUAAUGGACACUCCACGUCAUUUGAUAUUCGUUUGCGUCGUGUAAUCUAGCGACAAAUUGUCAAGUAUCAAUGUUUAUAAAAUAAGUAAUAAGUAAGUCAGUUUUGUCCACCGGACUACGAAUUGGCUUUUUGAUAGUUGUAACAAUAAAACAUGAAACGUGUUGUGAGUAUAUUAUGAUAGCUUGUACGCAAACAAUACUAACAAUCUCUUUUGCAUUAAUAUAAACCGCAAAUACUUUAUUAUUGCAAAUAAAUUUCAUGUAUUUAUCUGUUAAUUUCAAAAAACCCAAAACGCGAACGAGGCCGUGAUUGGGCCGUGUGACGUCAUAUUUUAUGUCAGACUUUAAUUUUAUCGUCACAACAUUUGGUAAAAUAUGACGUCAAAACAAGAUAUCAUGUGAUCAACUGUUUUCGACGAUAUUUUAAAUGAAAGCAAAAAAAUGUAUAUUAUUUUAUCACUACCCUUUUCUAGAAAUAGGUUAGAAGUAUAAAAUGGCGUGUAAACACAUUUCCGAUAGCUUUCAAGUAGCCAAUUGUUUUGACUGUAUCAAUUGUUACACUUUACUAUAAAACUCAUAUCAUAUACUCAUACGACAUCGCUUGUAUAAAAUAUAACAGCUUCGUAUUCUCUAGUA